GACAGUCGAGUGUUUUUGUCCUGAGGACCGAGUCACGUGAAAGACAACGAGGUGGGCCUACCAGGUGUCAGGAAGAGACAGGGAAAUGAGGGCUUCUAGAACGUGCUGGAUUCUCGCUUCCUGUGUCGCCAACUGAGGAAGAGAAAGCAAGUGGGGGCGGGCUGCUCUUGAGCUAGUGGCACGCAGAGGUGCGGGGCGGAGCGACAUCAGGAAGAAGGAGAAAGGAGGGAAGAAAAGGAAGAGAAGAAAAGGGAUAUCGCGAAGAGAGUCAUCAGGCCAAGGAGUAUUCAGAGCAUUCAGCAGACAUCCAAGGAAGGACAACGUCAUCAUGGCCUCCGUAUCCACUCAUGGAAACCAAGAGAAAAGCCCCCACUUGCCACCACUGAGCAAGCAGAGCCUGCUGUUUUGCCCAAAGUCAAAACUACACAUCCACAGAGGAGAGAUUGCCAAGAUUAUCCGAGAGUGUCAAGAAGAAAGUUUCUGGAAGAGAGCUCUGCCUUUUUCUCUUAUAAGCAUGCUUGUCACCCAGGGACUUGUCCACCAAGGUUACUUAGCAGCUAAUCCAAGAUUUGGAUCAUUACCUAAAGUUGCACUGGCUGGUCUCUUGGGAUUUGGUCUUGGGAAGGCUUCCUACAUCAGAGUGUGCCAGAGUAAAUUCCAUUCCUUCGAGGAUCAGCUCCGUGGUGCUGGUUUUGGUCCCGAGCACAACAGGCACUGCCUGCUUACCUGUGAGGAGUGCAAAACCAGACGCGGAUUAAGCGAGGAGAAAGGGCCCCAGCCAUCCACUUCCUAAACCGUGCCUGUGGUUUGCAGUGGUCUCUAAACCUCCAAAUGUGCACACAUUUAGACUUUCCAGUGUGCUUUUAGAUAAUCUACUUCUAUUGAAACAGAAUCCUUGUAAGUCUCUUGUUCCUUUGAAAUGCUUGCGGUGGAAUGCUCUCGGUUGACUUGAGCAUGGCAUAGUCUUCUGUUCUUUAAGAACAUGCUGGGAGCCAUCACACACUAUGCAGGAAAUGAAGCGACACCCCACAUAGCUUAGCGCUUCCUGAGAGAAUUUUGAGUAGCUUCUGGGUUAGUCCUCCCUGCAACUCUUUCACUCUGGUGCUCCGCCCCCCACCCCCACCCCCGCAGCCCAGAGAUUUAAGUUCUCUGCUAGGGAACAGGAAUGAAUGAUAUGGAAGUUAGUUGAGAAACCAUGACCCUAAGAAAAGUCAUGUAUGUGGAACUAGCAAUCCAGGAACGACUGUGUUUUAGUACUAGAUACCCAUCCUAAAGUCUGGGGGCUGAGAUCUAUAACUCAGUGGAAAACAUUUCCUGUGACAGGGUUAUCACACAAACCAGCUGGUGUGACCAGCAUGACUUGGUGGCUCAUCACAAUGGUGGAGCUGUAAAAGUGCCCAUAAUCUAUCUGUAGGUGACCCGCUUGGCUCAUGGGUUCAUUCUCAACGGUCAGUACUCAACAGCGGAUUCUUUUACCAAUUAUUUGUGGCCCCAGAGACAAAGGACAACUUCCUAACCUGUUCUCCCAGAGAAUGGCACCAAGGACUGAAUUAAUUCUAAAAGUGAGAAAUCCUUGGGGCUUUCCAGAGCUCAGGGGCAGCCGAUGCCAUGGCACUUGAGUUGUUCUUCUCCAGACAAUGUUUCAUGGAAAGUGCAGGUCUUCCUUUUUAGAACCUUUUUGCUUUAUGGUUGGCUGAACCCUGUGUGAAAGCUACCCUUGCAUCUUUGCAGCUUCUCAGGAAAAUGCUUUGUCUGCAAAUCACCAUUUAAAUAGAGGUUAUGUUUAUGUGGGGUGGUGAGUGGGGUGCUUUUACUCAAUAUAUCUACAAGCCUGGACCAUGGAGGCUAAAAGGGAAAUUUCAUCCGAGGUUAAUAUUUGAUGUGAAAAAUUUCAUUUUAAGCAUCAAAAUCAUGUGGAAAUUUAUUUUUGUUUGAGCAGUAAAUGAAUGAAAUGGAGUGGUUUGACAGAGUUGAUUUUUCUAUGACAUAUCCUGUUUGACGGUCAAUAAAAUUCUAUUUCUGAAAAAUCAAAA